GCCUUGAGGGAGAAGGAGAAACUUAUAAAGAGGUUAAGGGCGCGGCCGCAGCACAGCCAUGCAGUCGAAACGCGAAUGUGAGCAAUGGUGUGAGAGGGUGAAUCCUGAGAACAAGGCGGCCUUGGAGGCGUGGGUCAGGGAGACGGGCGUCCGCCUGGUGCAGGUGAACGGGCAGAGGAAGUAUGGCGGGCCACCCCCAGGCUGGGUGGGCAGCCCGCCGCCCGCCGGCUCCGAGGUGUUUAUCGGACGGCUGCCCCAGGACGUUGUGAACCACAACACGCUGCUGCUGGCGCUACAGCCGCUGGGGCCUGGCCUGCAGGAGGCGCGGCUGCUGCCCAGUCCAGGUCUGGCGCCCACGCAGAUAGCGCUGCUCAAGUUCAGCUCGCACCGCGCCGCCGCCAUGGCCAAAAAGGCCCUUGUAGAAGGUCAGUCACGCCUCUGUGGAGAACAGGUGGCUGUGGAGUGGCUCAAGCCAGACCUAAAGCAGCGACUCCGCCAGCAGCUUAUGAGUCCCGCUCUUCAGUGCCUUCAGCCAGAUGGCAGCCAGUUGGUCCUGGCCAGGGACAAACUAGGGUACCAAGGUGCUCGGGCUGCCCUGCAGCUGCUCUGCCAACAAAUGAAGCUGGGCAGCCCAGUAUUCCUCACCAAGUGUUUGAGUAAAGGACCCGCUGGCUGGCACCACUUCUGGUACCAGGUAGUAAUCCCUGGGCAUCCAGUGCCUUUCAGUGGCCUUAUCUGGGUCAUGCUGGCCACAGAUGGGCAGGAUGGGCAUGAGGUGGCCAAGGAUGCUGUGUCCGCACGGCUACUGGAGGCACUGAGUGAGUCUGGAGCCAGUCUCUUGUGGUCCUCUGGGGCUGGGGCAGGUACUGUCCUGAAGCAGUGACUCCUCCCCUCUCUGCAGGC